AUGUCGUCUAUGGAUAAAGCAGAAUCAAGUGUAAGAUCAUUAAAUGAUAUAGAUUUAGAACCACUAGCUAAUAAGCAACAUCAACAAAAUAUAUAUGCUCCAGGUUCACCCAUUCUAGAAAAUCAACCACUGAAUAACAAUAACAAUAGUCACGGAAAUGAUUCAUCAACUACAUUAACCAAGAAAAUAUCAAGACAUUCCAAUAGAGAUACAACCACCAAAGGUAAAUAUACUCUAAAUGAUUUUCAGAUUUUACGUACUUUAGGUACAGGAUCAUUUGGAAGAGUUCAUCUUACAAGAUCAAUACAUAAUGGUAGAUUUUAUGCAAUGAAAGUUUUAAAAAAAGAACGAGUUGUAAAUAUGAAGCAAGUAGAACAUACAAAUGAUGAAAGAAGAAUGUUAAAAUUAGCUCAACAUCCAUUUAUUAUAAGGAUGUGGGGUACUUUUCAAGAUUGUCAUAAUUUAUUUAUGAUUAUGGAUUAUAUAGAAGGUGGUGAAUUAUUUAGUUUAUUACGAAAAUCUCAAAGAUUCCCUACACCAGUUGCAAAAUUUUAUGCAGCUGAAGUAUUUUUAGCUAUUGAAUAUUUACAUAAUCUUGAUAUUAUAUAUCGAGAUUUAAAACCUGAAAAUAUAUUAUUAGAUAAAAAUGGCCAUAUAAAAUUAACAGAUUUUGGAUUUGCAAAAGAAGUUAUUGAUGUUACUUAUACUUUAUGUGGUACUCCAGAUUAUAUAGCACCGGAAGUUGUUGCAACAAAACCUUAUAAUAAAUCAGUUGAUUGGUGGUCAUUUGGAAUUUUAAUAUUUGAAAUGUUAACUGGUUAUACUCCAUUUUAUGAUCCAACUCCAAUGAAAACUUAUGAAAAUAUUUUAAAUGGUUUUAUAACAUAUCCUGAUUAUUUACCGCCUGAUAUUUUAGAUUUAUUACAAAAAUUAAUUGUAAAAGAUUUAACUCAAAGAUUGGGGAAUUUACAAGGUGGCUCAAACGAUGUUAAAAAUCAUCCAUGGUUUAAAGAAGUAAUAUGGGAAAGAUUAUUAUCAAGAGAUAUCGAAACUCCUUAUGAACCUCCAAUAACUUCGGGUGUUGGAGAUACUUCACAAUUUGAUAGAUAUCCAGAGGAUAAAGAUUUAGAUUAUGGUAUAAGUGGAGUUGAUGAUCCGUAUAGGAAUAUGUUUGAGGAUUUUUGA